UCAAUGGUGCACAGAAGGCGUCAGUGAUCAGACCAAAUCUUUGCUUGCACGUUGCAGAAGUAUCCUCCUGCUCAGUGUGUUCUCAGUGAACAGGGGUAUCAUUUAUUCUCUUCUUGGAGCACAGCACUUGCACAACACUGCUAAAAUGGCUGAGCCAAUCGCUGCUGCAGUUUGCACUGUCUAUUCUAUGGGUUAUUCCGGCUAUUAUUUGACCCAUCUGGCACGUCACCUCACCUAUGGAUGGAGAGAAGCCGAUCCUUCAAGUACAAACCAAACAUCAGCACCUCCUCAGUCUCCUUCUGUUCCUGGAGAAGAGGCCAAAGAGGAGGAAAACUACAACCACCCUCCAUCUGUUGCUGCACCGCAGCCUGGACAACCUGAAUCAGUCCUGCCAGAAGAAGACCGUGGGAAGAUUACUUUGUUAGACAUGCAUACUCAGGGAGAGCUGUUUCCAACCCAGCAGCAGCUAGAGCAGCAGGAGGAAGAGCAGAGAGAGAAUGGGCAGAACAUCAAGACAAAACUGCAAGCACAGCUGCCUGAAGCUCAGAGGAAGACCAAGGCAGCUGAGGAGAGACAUGUGGAAGAAACAAAAAGCAUCCAAGAUGAAAUGAAUCUAUUUCAGCAGAGCGGGGAUCUGCAAAACGAGAUGAGGGAAACAGUGGCAGGAACUCCAGUCAAGAGACUUUCUCUCCCCCUCCGCUUACAGAACAGCAGGGAAAAGCUGCAAGCAGAACUGCAGAGAGCUUGGAGUGAGAUCAAGGCCAUGGGAGAAAGGCACGAGGAAGAAAUGAAAAAUAUCCAAGAGGAUGUGAAUCUCCUACUGCAGCAGAAGGAGACUCUACGAAAGCUGGUGGAAGAGUUGACGUCUCAUCUGGCAGCCCCCAAACUGUCCCAGCAAGUGAUUGGCAACAAAGCUCAGCAAGGUCAGAGAAAGGGACAGGAACGGCCAAGGGAGGAGGUGCUGGAGGCUGAGCACUUACAGAAGAUGAUGGAGGAAAAGAAGACUCAAGAUGAGGAGAUCUACAUAGGCUCUGUCAUUGAACCUACUGCUGCAGUAGCCUCGUCUAAAGAAGCCUCCACUCCCCAGCCUGAAAACUUGACUACGAGCAGUUGGCUCAGCUCAAGCCAGGUGGAAGCUUUUCUGCAAGACAUGGUAGAGGAGGCAUCCCUGAACAUACUGAGGAGAAUGGUGAGCGUGGGAGAUCCUUUGCAGAAAUACAUUGAAUUGGAAAACAUUGGCAGUGGAGCUUUUGGAGCUGUUUGUAAAGCACUUGACACUACCACUGGAGGACACGUGGCAAUAAAGAAAAUCAGUCUUCAAGAAACCAGCAAGGAACUAACUCUUAAUGAAAUCGAGGUCAUGAGGACAAAUAGGAAUUCCAACAUUGUUAACUAUUUGGACAGCUACAUUGUGGAGGAGGAACUCUGGCUGGUCAUGGAGUACGUGGAUGGAGGCACUUUAUAUGAUGUUAUCAGUGAGACAUGCAUGUCUGAAGGACAGAUGGCAGCUGUUAGUCGGGAGUGCCUGCAAGGACUAUAUUUCCUUCACUCAAAUGGGGUGAUCCACAGAGACAUAAAAAGUUCAAACAUUCUCAUCAGAACGGAUGGAUCUGUCAAGUUGGCUGAUUUUGGCCUCUCUGCUCAGCUCAGCCUUGAGCAGAGUUAUCGAAACUCAGUGAUUGGGACUUCUUGGUGGAUGGCACCAGAAGUUGUGAUAAGCAAACCAUACGGUCCCAAAGUGGAUAUAUGGUCAUUUGGCAUCGUGGGACUGGAAAUGGUGGAAGGAGAAGUUCCUUACCAGAAUGAAACAUCUGUUCUGGCUCAGUACAUGAUAGCCACCGGAGGGGCACCCAAGCUGAAGAACCCCAAGCAAGUUUCCGCUUGGCUGCGUGACUUUCUGACCUGCUGCUUGGAGACGGACCAGGACAGGCGCUGGUCUGCUGAGGAACUCCUGCAGCAUCCAUUUGUAGAAUCAGCCAAGCCUGCCUCCAGCCUCGUGCCGCUUAUCACUGCAGUGAAGAAGUGGAAGGAAGAGACAAGACUCCAACAACCAGUCGAGGACCAUUUUCUUCAGUGGCAGCUCUAGGCAGGACUCAGAAUAAAAACUCCACAAAAC